AUGCAGAACGGCGACAAGGCCGUGAAGUUUUACUAUGUGGGCGAGAAAGGGAGGGAGCAACUUAGGCGAUACAAGUACCAUGGCGCAGAUCACUCGCUUGUCUCUAAGUACAUCCUACAGCCCUUCUGGUCGCGAUUCGUCUUGCUCUUCCCGCUCUCCGUCGCUCCCAACACUAUUACAGUCGUGGGGCUCUGCUUUGUGUUCCUAUCCGUGGGUCUCAGCUGGUACCUGUCUCCGGACCUGCUAGCCCACGUGCCACGCCCCGUUCUCGUCCUCUUCGCUGUCCUCCUGUUCCUCUAUCAGACGUUUGAUGCAGUGGAUGGCAAGCAGGCUCGGCGCACAGGCGCAUCAAGCCCUUUGGGGGAGCUCAUGGAUCACAGCUGCGAUGCUGUAUGCUGCACGCUGGAGGUGCUACCAUUUGCAGCAGCGGGAAUGAUGGGGUCGCACGCGCCUCUCUUCUGGCUCGUUUCCUCCUCCACCUUCUACUUUGCGAGCUGGGAAACGUUCUUCACCCACUCCCUCGUGCUGCCCAUUGUGAACGGCCCCACGGAAGGGCUGCUCGUUCUCUGCUCCUUCUUCCUCUUCACCGCAUACAUGGGUCAGGACUGGUUUCGGGUUCCCCUCUUCCCACCGUCCAGCAUCAUCCACAUGCACACACACAUGCCACUUCUGGCACGCAUUGCCUCGCUCUCUCGAUUGGAUCUGCUGCUGCUUGUGCAGUUCCCUCUCUUCGCCUUCCCCACAGCUGUCAGCAACUGGGUAACGGUGCUGAGAGCAGUGAGGGCCGGGGAGAAGGAGAAGCGCAGGGCGGGGCAACCAGUGCCCUUUGCCGGCACCAUGCUCUUUGCUGCUCUGCUGCUGGUCCCAUAUUUCGCCCUGGCAAGCUUCACAGUUGCCUGGGCAGUACUGUCUCCCUCUGCCAUUGUCCCCACUCACUCGCACUUCUUCUUCCUCGCCCUCUGCUUCUCCUUCGCGCUUAUCGUGGGCCGCAUGAUUCUCGCGCACCUCACUAGGGAAAGUGAAGGGCUACUGGUUGCCAUGCUGCAGCCUCUAUUCUUCCUCACAGUAGCACUCAUCAAUGCGGCCUGGCCCUACUUCACAAGAAGCACUGCUUCUUCUGGGCCCCUUCAAACCCCACUGCCGGAGUUUCCGCUGCUGCUGCUAUAUGUUGCACACACAGGUUAUAUGUACGCCCACUUUGCAGUGGGGGUGUGCUACGACAUUUGUAACACGCUCGGCAUCUACACCUUCCGAGUGGGCAAGAUGAAACAGUGA